GUUCCGUUUCUCGGUUUUUCGAACUAAACUCGUUUAUGAAUCUUGUCCUCUGUACCCAGUAUCCCAUUGAUUACAAGGCUAUCUCUCUGAACUCUUUGCUUCAGAAAUGGACUGCAUUUGCCCUAGCAAGUUCUAUGCAUUUCCUGUAAAUAAAUUCCCACUGGUCUGCUCUAACCUCCGUUUUGAAAGGAUUUUAAGGGUUCGUUUUCGUUGUGAUGCGGAGGCAAAGGGUAAUGGAGCUCUGUUCAGUGAUGCAGAUUCUCGUUCCGUCGAUCGGCAAAAGGCAUUAGAAGCAGCGAUGAAUGACAUAAACAACUCAUUUGGCAAAGGAAGUGUUACGAGAUUAGGCAGUGCUGGAGGAGCUCUAGUUGAGACAUUCUCUAGUGGCUGUUUAACCUUGGACUUGGCACUGGGUGGUGGUCUUCCUAAAGGACGAAUUGUUGAGAUAUAUGGUCCAGAGAGUAGUGGGAAGACUACAUUAGCACUCCAUGCGAUGGCAGAAGUGCAGAAACUUGGAGGAAAUGCCAUGCUUGUUGAUGCUGAGCAUGCUUUUGAUCCGGCUUAUUCAAGGUCUUUGGGAGUAGACGUAGAAAACUUAAUUGUUUGCCAACCUGAUAAUGGAGAGAUGGCACUGGAAACUGCGGACCGUAUGUGCAGAUCUGGAGCAGUAGAUCUCAUUUGUGUUGAUUCAGUCUCAGCUCUUACUCCAAGGGCUGAAAUUGAAGGUGAAAUUGGCAUGCAGCAAAUGGGCUUACAAGCACGGCUUAUGAGCCAAGCAUUGCGUAAAAUGUCCGGCAAUGCCUCGAAAGCUGGCUGUACUCUUAUUUUCUUGAACCAAAUCAGAUAUAAGAUUGGUGUAUUCUAUGGGAACCCUGAAGUUACCAGUGGAGGGAUUGCGUUGAAGUUUUUUGCCUCUGUUCGCCUUGAAAUACGUCCUAUUGGGAAGAUAAAGUCUCCUAAAGGGGAUGAAGAUAUUGGAGUAAAGGUUCGAGUAAGAGUGCAGAAGAGCAAGGUCUCAAGACCUUACAAGCAGGCCGAGUUUGAUAUUAUAUUUGGGGAGGGAGUUGGUAAUUUGGGUUGUAUAUUGGAUUGUGCUGAAAUGAUGGAUAUUGUUUCGAGGAAAGGUUCGUGGUAUAGCUAUUCAGAUUUGAGAUUGGGUCAAGGCAGGGACAAAGCCUUGCAGUAUCUCCGAGAGAAUCCUCUUCUCUGCACUGAAUUAGAAAAGGGUGUUCGAUCUGCCAUGAGUGAUGGGCUUGGUCAAGGAUUUGCAGCUCCUCUUGGCCAUUUGGCUCCACGGGACGAAGAUCCGAUCUAUGAAGAAACAUGAUCCGACUGGCCCGGGCGCUUCCAUGUUGUCAUUAUUUUUUUCCAUUGAUAUCACUUUGGAGAAAUCCGAUGAGAAUUAUGUGAAACUUUUGUGAAGGGAAAAAAAAAUGUUAACAGGGAGAAGGAACUAUAGCAAUUAUAUCCCAUUAUUCAAUGUCAUGUUCCAGAAUUUUGUGAAAUUUAGAAACAAGAUAUUUAGUUUGGUUGC